AUGUCUUCUGUUACUUAUGGAAAUGAAGGUGUACCUUCAAAUGAUGAAAUAGCAAAUUCAUCCGGCGCUAUUCUUCAACAUACAUAUCUUAAUCCAAAUGCGAAUGCUGCUUAUGCUGCCGUUGCUGUUGCAGCUGCUGCUGUUUCAUCAGCGUCAUCAACAUCAGUUGUAGGUCCAUAUCAACAUUAUUAUGGUCACCCAUUACCGCCACAACAACUUCUGCAUGUUCAACAAUCUGCAGGAUUCUAUCCCGCACCGGCAACAUUAAAUCAUCAUCAACAUCAUGCAGAUUUUAGUACUUCAUCACCAUCUGUUGCAUCAUCAUCGAGUUCAAUUGAAUCAUCACGUAAACCACCUCAUCGAAAACGAAAUGCGACGGGUUCUGAAAAAAUAUCUGGAGCACUGGCAACAACUAAAGCAGGUGCAAAAAGAAAAAUGCCAAAUGAUGAUGAUCUUGACGAUGACGAUGAUGACGAUGAAGAAAAUAAAUGUUAUUUACGUGGUGCUCCUGUAUCAAAUGUUAUGAUGUCGAAUAAUCAACCACAUGGUGGUGUAGGUGGCGAUGAAGAUAAAGAAAAACAAGCACGCGAAAAUCAUUGUGAAAUUGAACGUCGACGUCGUAUUAAAAUGGCAACAUAUUUUGCUGAAUUAUGCGAUAUGGUUCCAGCAUGUUCAAAUUUAGCUCGUAAACCCGAUAAAUUAACAAUUUUACGUAUGGCUGCACAAUUUAUGAAAAAUCUACGUACAAGUAAUAAUUCAUUAUCAUUAAAUUCUUCACAAAUGACUCAACAAGUUGAUUUACACAAACCAUCCUUUUUAAACGAUCAAGAAUUAAAAUAUUUAAUGGUUGAAUCAUGUGAUGCUUUUCUAUUUGCAUUAAAUUGUGACAAUUUACGUAUUAUAUAUAUAAGUGAUGCAAUUCAACAUAUACUUUCUUAUACAUGUCAAGAUUGGUAUUCACGAUAUUUUUAUGAUUUUGUUCAUCCUGAUGAUGUAGAAAAAGUUCGUGAACAAUUAAAUUUACAACCACAAGAUGGAAGUCCAAAUGGUAGUGGAAAUGGAAGAGUCUUAGAUCUUAAAACUGGCACAGUUAAAAAAGACGGACAUGCUUCAGGUGCUCGAUUAGGCAAUUCAAAACGUUCAUUUAUCUGUCGUUUGCGUGUUGGUUCAGCCAAUGCACUUGAUCAUACAACACAUCAACAUCCAUUUAUAAAUCCAUGUAUAUUACGUCGUCGUCAUCGUACAUCAUUAGGUCCAUCAAUAGACGGUCAUCUUUAUGAAGUAGUACAUAUUAGUGGGUAUAUACGUAAUUUAAAUACUCAUCAUCAUCCAUCAUCACAUCAUGAUAAUCCAUCAUCAUCAUCAAAUGCAAGUAGUCAAAUGGCCUUUAUAGCCAUAGCUCGUAUACAAAAUUCUUGUACACCAAAUGUAAAUGAUUUAACAAAUAGUUCAAUAUCUUCAUUAAAUUCCAUGACAACAGAAUUUACUUGUCGUUGUCAUAGUGAUACAGGUGAAAUAUUAUUUAUUGAUCAACGUUGUACACCAAUAAUUGGUUAUAAAACACAUGAAUUAUUACAUAAAAUAAUUUAUGAUCAAAUACAUCCUGAUGAUCAAAUUAAAUUUCAAGAUUUAUAUAAACGAACAGUUACACAAAAAAAUUUAUCAAAUACAUCAUCAAAUUUAACAAAUAUUAUUGUACGUUUUCGUACAAAUAUUGAUAAUGAAUAUGUAUCAUUAAAAACUUCUACAUAUGCUUUUUGUAAUCCAUGUACAGAUGAAAUUGAAUUUCUUAUUGUUACAUUUCUAUCAAAUCAAACAACAAAUAAAACAUCAGUUAUUGCAAAUUCAAAUGAUUAUAAUCAACAAACAUAUGAAACAUAUGGAAGAAAUACAAGUGCAAUUGUUUCAAAUCCAAUUGCACGUUAUUCAACACAAUCACCAGCAACAUAUAAUAAUCAAGAAGGACAAGAUUAUACAACAGGAAAUGGAACUAAUGAUGGAAGAACAUAUGCAAGUAAUAAUGGUGGAUCAACAUGGGCACCAGCUAAUGAAAAUUGGACAACUGCAAAUACAGCAACAUCUACAAAUACUGAUUAUGGUGAUACAGCUGCAACACUUGCACUUUAUCAUCAAUAUCAUCAGUAG